GCUACUUUGACCCGUUCAGUUGUGAAUUUCACGCGCAGUCCUCAAGCCGAAUCAGCCAACAUGGGAGCGUUAGACAACAUGUUUCGCACCAAACCACUCGCGGUCAUCCACGCCGAAGAGAAGAAGGAAGAGCUGCCCCGUGAACUAGGUUUGUGGGACUUGAUCGCGAUCGGCAUCGGAGGAACCGUCGGGUCGGGUGUGUUUGCGACCACAGGAGACAUCAUCAGCGGUGCAUAUGGUGGAGGCGCCGGCCCUGCCGCGUUUAUCUCGUGGACGUUGGCUGGCUUGUCGUGCAUUCUAAGUGGCUUUGCGUACAUGGAAUUGAGCUCGCUCAUCCCGUCGUCCGGCUCGACGUACGCGUAUGCAUACUACGCGUUGGGCGAACUCCCAGCCUUCGUUGGCGCGUGGCUCUUGACGUUGGAGUAUGGCAUGUCGGGUGCCGGGGUCGCUCGUUCGUGGUCUCAAAAGGUCAUGGAAUGGGCCGAAGAAGGCGGUGGAGACUACAAGUGGCUCAACCUCCAAAACACGAACUUGAUGGCGUUCCUCAUCAUGUUCUUGUCCGUGAUCAUCUUGCUGGCCGGCAUCCGCUUCGGCAAGGUGUUCAUCAACAUCGUCACGACCACCAAGGUGUUUGUCGUGUUGUUCAUUAUCGUUGCUGGGUUCGCCGCGACCAAGUCGGAGAACUUGUCGCCGUUCUUGCCCGAUGAAAUUUACAACAACGCGACCGAGUCCAAGGUGUUUGGCAUCCAGGGGCUGAUGCUGGGGGCGUCGCAGGCGUUCUUUGGCUUUGUCGGGUUUGACGAAGUGUGCUGCCUGGCGGCGGAAGCCAAGAACCCCCGCAAGAUUAUGCCCCGCGCGGUCAUCGGGGUCAUUCUCGGCACGAUGUUCUUGUCCUGCUUUGCCUCCCUCGCCCUCUCCGGCAUGGUCCCAUCGAGUGUGUACUCCAACAUGCCGUACGACCUCGGCAACGACACCGACGGCAACCCCCUCGGCACGUUUGAGUACUUUUCGUUCCCUGGCGCAUUUGGCUUUGUGGGGUAUACUGCCGCCCAAGUGAUUGUGCACGUUGGGGAAGUCGGCACCAUGCCCAUCGUCGUGCUAAUCUCGUUCCUGGCCCAACCUCGUCUCAUGUACGCCAUGUCCGUGGACGGGUUGAUCCCCGAGAUCUUUGGGCGCGUGGACAGCAAGGGCAACCUGUUUUGGUGCACUGUCAUCUCGGGCGCGUUUUUCACCGUCGUGGCGUUCGUGAUUCCGUUCGGGGACAUCUGGAACAUGGUGUCGAUUGGGAUUUUGGUGUCGUUCAUCAUGACCAACUCGUCGUUGCUGGUUGUGCGCACCCGCGACUCGUCCCCUGGCUUGGCCCACAAGCUCACAGGCGCACUGGUCGUGGUGGCGGCCGCGACUAUGUUCACGUUCCAAAAGGGCUACGUGGUGGGCGAAAGCUCAGCUGCGCUGUACAUUUCCAUCGUGCUGCUCGUCGUGACGAUUGCAAUUGGCGUCACGAUCUUUGUCAAGUGCCCGCAAAACGCGUCCGAAGGCGACCUCUUCCGCGCGCCGUUGGUGCCUUUCAUCCCGAUGCUGUCGAUCUUGGUCAACUGGCUGCUGGUCGCCCAGAUGGCGGAGAAGGACAUCGCCCGCGCCUUCAUUUGGAUCGGCGCCGCCAUCCUGACCUAUUUUAUGUACGGGUUCAGCCACAGCGAAGGCCGCAAGGGCUGGGCCAAGAUGCUCAACCACGGCGUGCUCGGCUUGAACGAAGUGCGCCCGUCCAUGAGCGACAUGAUGUCUGGUGACGCCAAGAAGUCGCUUCUGAGCCCCGUUGCGGACAAGUAGAUUCAUACUAUUAAUAGUAUUGAUGGUGGUAGCCACCCUAUAUAAGCUGUGCGUAAUGACGAGUAUGUGUACUGUACA